CAACCAACGAAGGUCGGUCAGUGUUGCAAACGAUUCACAUGUGGUCACAGUGGACACUGCUAUUAACAAUAAUUGCCUAAUUAUAACGGUUAACUGUGAGCACUCAUUCGAACGAGCUGCAAAAACGCUUGUAUUGCAGGAUAAAAAAGAAGUAAAGAGUGAGUAAUGUACGAAACCGGUCAAGUUAACGAAAUCGUGCGAAAAAACUUGUGAAAAUAUCCAAUUGUUUUCGGUUAAUGCCUUCCACGUAUGUGAUUUGAUCAACCGCCACACACACAACAAUCAAUCGUUUAAAAUCCCCUACUUGACCGGUGUGUUUUUCCACAAGAGUAGGAGUGGAAACAAGUGGCGAGAAGUAAAUAGCAUAUUAUUCGACGCUUAGUCUGACAGCUGUACGGUAGCGAGCAAGCGUAUGAUUGGCAUUUAGUGAGUGGUAUUAGUAUCGAUUAAAAAGCGCUCGUGUGAUGACGUGAUUUAAAGAAGAUUGUGGGCAGUUUAGCACUCGGUAGAUAACAAGUUACAACACGCCACGUGAAAAAUCGUUCUCAUGGAUGAUGACGGAAAAUAAGAAAAAUAAUUCUAAAGGACAAACUCUAGAUGGUGGCUGGGGUUGGUUCAUUUGUCUUGGAAGCAGUCUAAUUACGCUCUCUUUGCGAUCUUUGGAUCCAUCAUUCGGAUUGCUUUUCAAAGAUCUGUUAGAGGAUCUCAAUGUCGACUCCACAGGGACAACAGUUAUAAUGAGCGUCUUAGAUGCCAUUGUCAAUUUUUCAGGUUUUCUAGUCGGACCAUUAUUGAAAAGAUAUUCUUACCGACAAGUCGCAUUUUUUGGAUCUUUAUUAAGCUGUAGUGGAUUAAUAAUUACAUCGCAAGCUAAUAGUAUGCUAUAUAUUAUUUGCUCCUACAGCAUAUUAGGAGGUAUGGGUACUGGCCUUGCCACGGCGUGCUCCUUCGUCGCAUUGAAUACGUUCUUUGACAAGAAACGUGGACAAGCAGUAGGUUUUUCUAUGGCGGGAGUCGCGUUGGCAAUGAUGCUUGUACCGUUGUUAAUACAUCUAUUGUUGGACAUAUAUGGAUUUCGCGGUACCACGCUUAUUGCUGGAGGAUGGGCAUUACACUCUGUGACAGGAUCGUGUUUGUUACGUCCACUAGAAGAACCGCCGCCGCCGCCGCCACCUAUUAAAAAACAGCCUACUGAACAGCAAGAAAGCGAGGCUUUAUUAAUGAAACCAAAUCCUACCGAAACACGAAGAAUGUCAAAUGGAUCGAUGUGGACCACGGAUCAAAUCGCAGAAAGCGAUUCAACCUCACCUGAAAAGGAAUCGUUUAUGAAGAAGAUAAAAACAACUUUUGACUUGGAUCUUCUAAAAAAUUCCACGUACUUAAAUGUCGCUUUAGGUUGCAGUUUCUUUUACGUGGCUGAGUCAAACUUUAAACUGAUGACUCCUUUCUUUCUUUCGAACAUCGGUAUGACUAAAGCUGAGGUGGCCUUUUGUCUGUCCCUGACUGCAUUCACCGACAUUCUCGCUAGACUGUUGCUGCCGACACUAUUCGACAAAUUCGGCUGGAAAAAGCGCAUGAUCUUUUGGAUUUCCAGCUUCUUCGUCGGGCUAAUGCGCUCCAUAUUAGCGGAACAAUCGGAAAGGACGCCAUUAAUUGCAAUGCUCGUAAUAGUUGGAUUUUUGCGUGGCGCUACAUUGGUGAAUUUAAAUCUCUGCAUAUCCGAGUGUUGUACUCUGAAGAAGCUACCAAGUGCAGUUGGAAUAUUUAUGGUGUUUAAGGGCUUAUGCGUGGUCACAAUGAGUCCUGUAAUCGGAUACAUCAGAGAUGUCAGUGGUAGCUACAAGAUCUGCAUUCACGUGAUGACCGCCAUGAUACUUACCACGUUUGUUGUGUGGAGCGUUGAAUUUUUAUAUGGUCUCUUUUGUAGACAACUUGUUAUAGUUAAGAAAUUACAACAGCGCGUAACAGAAUAUGCUGAAAAAUUUUCCGGCUACACCUGCAGAGCGGUGAUUGAUAUGAUUGAUAGAAUGGCACGUGGCCUAACAGAUCGGGGCUGGGCAUGGAUGAUUGUUGUCGGCGUGACUGUUAUCAAUCUAGCCGUGCUUCCGGUCCAGCAAUGCUUCGGCCUUAUCUUCGCGGAACGUUUCGCAAGCCUCGGCAUCACUGCGACGCAAACGAGUUUGAUCCUCCAUCUUAAUGGGACAAUAACGUGCAGCCUCGGUUUGAUAAGCGGCCCUAUGAUGAAGAGAUUCUCCUUUCGGCACGUCGCAUAUUUCGGCAGCCUGACGGUUGUCCUCGGAAUCUGCGCCGCUGCCUUCGCCGUGUCACUCUCGACUCUUAUUAUCACUUACUGCGUGAUCAUUGGCAUAGGCCAAGGAAUAAUUUUUCCAGCGACAACAUUGGCCUUGAACACGUACUUCCGCAAGAAACGCAACGUAGCCAUGGGUCUAUCAGUUACAUUAACCGGUCUGGGCCCAAUCUUAAUGCCUCUGUUGAUAGAUGUACUUCUCGAGAAUUUUGCCACGACUGGUACUCUCCUGAUCCUUGCUGGAAUCGCCUCGCAUUCCCUCAUUGGUGCGUCGCUAUUAAGACCGUUUGGAAAGCAGAAAGAGCAGAUUGUUCUGGUAGACAAAAUUACCGAUAUAUCGAGAGAGGAACAUUCACGUGUUGAUAAUGAAGCAAAUGUAAAAAAUAACGCCGUUCAAAACCGGUUAUUAAAUGAAGAAAACAAUGAAGAGGAAAGACAACCGAGCCAUCGUCCAAAGAAUAACGAAACCGAAGUGAAAAGUAGACAAGCCUCGUUCCUUAGAAAAAUUAUUACGAACAUGGAUCUCGAUCUUCUUCGUGAUAAUCGUUAUAUAGCGAUAGUUCUAGGUAUGGGCGUCUCGCUGGUGGCCGAGACCAACUUCAACGCAACGAUACCGUUCGUCCUGGCUGAAUUAGCAGAUCUGGACAGAACGUCAAUAGCUACGGUGAUGUCGAUCCAAGCUGCAGCGGACAUCACGGGACGUCUUUGCGUACCGUUGUUGGCGCAAAAAGCCGGCUGGACAUGCAGGAAUCUUUAUGUGAUAUCCCUGCUGGGAUCGAUCCUCGGAAGGGCUAUUUUGUCGACGUGGGGCGAUACUUACGUCAUUGUGAUCGGGGUUGCUCUAGUCAUCGGACUGGCGAAGGGAACCAAAGCUGUCUUCCAAGCUCUAAUCAUUCCCGAUUACGUGCCAUUGGAGAGACUGCCGGCAGCAUCCGGUAUUCAGAUGGUUUGUAACGGCAUCCUGUCUAUCAGCGUGGGACCAAUUAUCGGUUUGGUGCACGAUUCUACAGAUAGUUACGUAGGUGCGCUCUAUUUCACAUCCCUUCUUAGUUCGUCCUGUGUCUUCCUGUGGUUAAUAAGUGGACUAUGGACUCUUGGUAAAAAUACUCGAAGUGUUCUAAAGUUAAAUCAGCAAAAUCCGGAGGGACAAGAAAAUUCUCUUGACAACAAUGCUUAAUUUAGCAGCGGUUUAAUAUUUUCAAUUUACAAAUGCAUGAAAUGUUGAUAAAUAUAAAAUGUUUUAAUGUUACAAUACACGUAUUACAUACAAUAUAUACUUUUAUACCAAAAGAGUGUGGUGUCUAUGAAAUUUCAUUGACAAUAAUGUGUAGAAUUAUCGAUUAUAUUGAUAAAUGUAAGAAAUUCAAAGUCUCUCUCGUACAACUAUCAAUAUCUUUUUAAUUUAUAGAUGAUUUUAUUUUAUUUACGCCAUAAAAGUUAAUACAUGAAAUACAUUACCACUCUGGUUUUAAGAAAUUAUCAAUAAAUGUACUUAAUUUCAAGUUUCUAUUAAAGUCACUACAGCUAAUAAUUCUAUAAAAUUAGCGAUGUUUUUAUAAAAAUAUUUAUUAAUCAUUUUUACCAUAUAUAUUGCAUAACAUGUAAAGGAAAGUCCCCUAUUGUGAGAUACGCUCCUAACAUGAAAUAGCAGGGUUACUACUAAAUUAUACUUCAUUAAAGCUACAUGUAUUUCAUAACCCAAUAUUAUUCUGAUCCAGAUAAGAAUUUUUCUGACACGCAUUAACAAUUACUUGUCAACGAAGUUAAUAUCCGUAACAAAGCCACUCAACUUGUGCAAGAGAUAUGAACAGAGAGAUAUAAGACAUACACACCCGCAUAUAUUCACACAUUUUCAAGUAUAUAAAUCAUCACUUAAUCUUUUAUCGAUUCCUCGUACUUCCCCGCUUUCUUCACAUCAUGCAAUGCGAUUAUAGCAAUCUGAUAAGACUUUAAUUACUCUACCUAAGAGUAUUUAAAGUCAAACUUUUGCGCCCAUUAUAUAUUUUUAUUUGCAUAUUUAAAUAUAUGCGAAAACCGAGAAAAAUUUUGUGUAAUCUUAAUUAUAAUUUAAUUGCAAUAAUAAAAAUGCAAUAUACAGUAAUAAUAAUUUUCAACGCGCACGUAAGACUAAUAUAAUGUAAUCUUUCUAUAUUAAUAGCGAUAUAAUGUUAAUACAAAAUUUAAUGAAAUUUCGAUAAUUACUAAAGCAAUCGAAUAAUACAGUAAAUAUAAAUGUGUAUUGUAUUUAUGUGGAUUAUACUUUACAAUUAUAUGUAUACAUACGUAUACAAUAAUAUCCAUCUUGCGGCAAUGAUCUAUAAAGAUUUUCUAUUUAAUUUUAUUUAAUAAUGUUUCCUCAUCGUGGUCUGAUAAUACAUUUGACGUUCAUAGGCUAAAGAGAUGAGAUUAGAUUAAUCGUAAGCUUAGACAGUUUCUUAUCUUCUGCAAAAAUGACCAACGGCAGUGUAGCCUUUAUCAUUUCGCGAGACGCAAUAGUAUAAAUCGGACUAGAAUGCCAAGUUCUGUGCUAUUUGUUUAUUUGUGUUAUAAUUACCGGUUUAUUAGCGUUAGACCAAUUAAAUAUGUGAAUUAAUACAUAUAAAAGGAUAAAUUGUGCAACAGUUAUGUA